CGUGUGGGGUACCUAUGGACAGGUCUUCAAAAAUGAUAUUGAGGUUUCUAAUAUAAUUUUUUUCUUUUUUUCUAAACUGAAUAGUUUGCGCGAGAGACCCUUCCAAAGUGGUAAAAAUACAAAAUGAACACACAUACGUUUUCUUGGCAUUGAAUGUGUUAACAGAUAGCGACUUUUCAUAGAAAUAUAUAAUCAAGGGGAAUUGAUAACUACUCAUUAUGUUAGUGAGCGACACACCCGACCGCGUGCGGGCUUCCAGUUUGACCAGUAAAAACAUCUCUGUGUUGUCACUCCAUCUCAGCUGGUGAAUAAAUAGAGUCCUUACGUAAUUGUAAUAAAGUCUACAUUUCAAAUUUGCUACUAUCAGCAUGAAGUAGUUUAUGUGACCUUUUACCACUUGAACGUGCUUGAACUUGAAGUUGUUGUGAUGAAGUUGGAUGUAGUAGGUAGUAGGCGGACGUAUUAUAAUAAGAUAAUAACAGUUUAAUUAAGUGUAAAAAAAACUUAGUAGUAGUAAAUUUAGGAGUAUUGUACGUAGUACGAAUACCUAAAGUAAUAGAAAACAUCAUUUUGUUCAAGUUUUAGUAGUGGAUUCAAAGAUAAUUCAGGAAUACUUAAACAUAAUACAGUGAAGUGAUCAUGGGCAACCAACCAAAAUCUGUUGAAAGUGUAAUUAAAAUGAAAUUUAAAUCAUUAUUCGAAAAAAUAAAUGACCCAAAUUAUGUGAUAGAUAACUUCUACUCCAAUAAUUUAAUUAAUAAAAUGGUGAAGAAUAAGUCAGUACUCAAUGUUACUUGUAGUAGUGUAAGAAUCCUACUCGAAGAACCCAUACGAAACCUGGAACGGUACCAUGUCUCGGUGCGGGUGUUCCUCGUCAGACUCCUGGGUUUGGUCGUUAGGGAAGAACUAUGUUUUGCGAAAAUUAUACAUACAAUUAACGACCCACUAUGCAAAGCUUAUCAAACCCUUGAAUCUCUCACAAUAACACCAAGUCUUCGUGUGGGCUACCUAGAAGUUGCCCUUGCUAUAAUAGAGCACAAUACCGGCUUCUAUUGGCUCCUUGAGUGUGGCAUGUGGAAAGAAAUCCUGACCAGUGACCAGUCCAAUACAGUAUUCGUCACAAGACUUAAGUACAAGUUUGUGUCCAGAUUUGUAUGGAGACUGAACGCCUUGAAGGACGGCGAUAACGUUAGGCAGGUGCUGAAAUUUAUUCUGAAACCCUUGGUCGAAACAGAUAUCGAGGUGACUGAGUCUAUGAAACCUGACGAGGAGGACGAAGCGUCCGAGUGGCUUGAACCGAUGCUCCUCAUGCUGGUGUCCAUAACUAACGAGUGUAGCGAGCUCACCAAGCCCACCCUGGUCAUAAAUGCACUGCUGAACCACUUCAAACUGGCUAACCAUCUGUGUGUGCUUUUAGAUAGAUUCCGAAAAAACAGCCUGACCUCACUCCUAGCCAAACUAAUUUUCCGCAUAUGCCUCGCCAAAACUUUACAUAACAAGCCAUUGACUGACGACACGGUAUACCGAAGUGAAGAUUUCGUGGAAACUACGGCAUCAUAUUUCAAUACCAUACAUUACUUUACAAUUAGGCGUAACGCUAUGAUGGUCCUCGACUUUUGCUAUUCGUGCAAUGAAUAUUGGAAUGAAUUGUGGCGUGACAGAAAGCCAGAAACGAUUGUAAUGGAUGGUAAGAAGGAGAACUUGCAGAACAAGGCGUUGUUUAUGUGCCUUGUGCCGCCGAUCUGUUAUGUGACCAGGAAUUGGCCGAAGUCAGUACGUCAAAACGAGGGGUGUAUCCAGGAUUAUGUAAUGAAGCUUAUAAACGCAAGUUGCGAACACACUGCUAAGGCAGCUACCUUACUAUCCGAUCUUAUCUUGGAGUCCGACACAGAAGCUAUAACCCUGAAGAGUGUAAAGCGGCUGUCUAGUUUAAAUAACUCCAUGAACAACGAACAGGCUAAUCUAAUUUUCCAAGGGCUCUUUUACGUACUCAAACAUUUAGACCCUUUCCCGGAAAACUUUGAAUACCACAUACCACCUUCGGGAAAUCCGGAGGCCAAAUUACAAGAAGACCAGGAAAACAUGUUCGUAUACUCGUAUGUCAUAGAAGCUAUCCUAUUUUUGAUAAAGGAAUAUCAUAUAAACUGGCAGGAAAGCUUGGAAAUCAUUUGUUUGUACACUGUCGUGUAUCGUAUAAUGUCGAAACCGAAUUUACCAUGUAAGUUCAUAGUAACGGCCCUAAACGUAAUAACGGUGGCAGUGUGCAAGUUCCUGCCCCCCAACCUGUCAUUACUAAUGGAGUCGAAGCCUGGCUCAGCCAUGCACGACCUCGGGCGUCUCAUCUACAUGAAAAUGCACGACUUGCACUGGGAGGUGCGAGAUUCAGCGCUUGAACUCCUACUCGUGGUCACCGAGAUCUCUUACGUCAAAUUCCCGCCAUUUCAAAAGCAGAUAAUCGAGAAUGAUCUAAUCAUAGUGGCCACAGCAGUAGCGCUGAACGACCACGAGUUCUACGUGCGCGCGUCCGCGCUACGCUGCCUCGGCGCCGCCUGCAAGGUGUCCACCGUGUGGGAGCAGCUCAAGAAUAAACACCCUGAUAUACAGGAUUCUCUACUAAAUAUUCUACGCAACAAUCAAGAAGGCAUAGUACGCAAGGAAGCAUGCAACGUCCUCUGCGAGAUGUACCUCAACCUGAAGCUGAGCCCCGACUUCAAGCAGGCCCUGUACGAGCAGAUGGUCUCCUCCGCCAGCAGCGACUUCCACUGGGAGGUCCAACUAGCCGCCCUCAAGUUCUGGAAGAUCGUCAUUGAUAACAGCCUCUGCGAGCAGGGCAUGCUCGACGGCACCUUCCCACCCGUCACCUUUUCCAAAGAAUCCAGAAAAAUCGUCACCCUCAACAAGGCUGAAAUACAGAGGAGACUCUUGAAAAUCUUAGACGAACUCGCCGCAAAAGGCUGCCUAACCGUUCUAUCCAAAUUAUUACACGAGGACACCGAAGUCGAAAUAAUGGACGCUAAUUUAGCUAUCGCUUUGAACCUUCUGGAUAUUCUAAAGCGCUACGAGGUACCUGAAUGUGUGAAGCGCGUUGAAGGCGACCCGCAGACCAUGCAGGAGUACUACACCGAGACCAAAGAAGAUGUAAUGGACGAAGAAGACGUUGUCAUUAAAACUGAAGAGGCUCAGUCCGAUAAUGUUAUAGAGGGCAUCAUAAACGCUGAUGACAUGAAUCUGCUCGCUCACAUAUACGAACGGCAUAUGAAAUUAAAGAACGACCAACCUGAACUACAGCCUAAACCGAUGAUCAAAGUAUUACGUUAUGUAAAACCUUAUUUGUUUGUGAAUCAUUUGAUGAGCAAAGAUUUCAAGGCGGUUAUAGAGUACAAGAAACAGUGGAGGAAUGGGAUACGCAGCGUAGAGUCGCUGUUAGACGAUGUGCUAGGCAUUUACGAGAUUGACAAUGAUGUCAACAAUUUGGAUUGUUAUUGAGAUUCUAUUUUGUUAUUUAAGUAUACGUUCCGUAAGGAGUGAUUGUUAUAAAUAAAAUGUAGUUAAGUAUA